AUGUGUUUUGUCGGUUAUGUGGCAGCGAAAUAUGGAAUGAUUACUCAAGAAAUUGAAAAGGGCAUGGCCGGGCUAAUCAUUAGGAUCUUCAUGCCAUGCCUUUUAUUUGCAAAUAUUGCUGACCUCGACAUGGACACGUUGACCAAACUAUGGAUUAUACCCGUGGCUUAUUUCUUCUUUGCCUCCUGCAGUGGUCUCCUCGGACUCAUUGGCGGGAAACUAUUGAGAUUUCAACCCUCGAACAUUAAAUUUCUUUGCGUAUCAAUAAUAUUCAACAAUGUCACUAGUCUUUCACUUGGAAUAUUAGAGGGACUGUCUAAAACGAAGGCGAUAGAGUUAUUAUCUUUCGGAGAUGGUGAUACUCCUUCGGAGAUCAAAAAGCGAGGAACCUCCUAUAUAUUACUAAUCACCUUGUGGACCAAUUUGCUACGCGUAAUGGGUAACAACAGGUGGAGUCUGGGUGCUUAUUUGUUAAAGAAAGAAUCGACCGAUGAGACGGACCAAAUACAAAAGAGCGACAAUGAGGGUGAAACUUCGCCUCACGAAAGUCACCCUGGUGAGAAUUCGACAAAGUACGACGACGAUCGAUCUAUUUCCGUGCAUAUGCCGCCGGACGAGUCAACCCCUUUAAUAACACCAAUGCGGCCUCACCCUAUACGGGCGAUCACAGAAUUCUUUGGAAAAGUAAUGAACCCUCCUUUAUGCGCUGCACUAUUGGCCGUGAUUGUCGGCGUGGUCCCUUUCCUGAGAUCGUUGUUUUUCGGUUCCGGAGCUCCUCUCACCGCCGUCACCUUAACCAUCGAAAGUUUUGGGUCAAUAUCGGUUCCGCUAACUCUUCUCACUCUCGGGGCUCAACUGAAGAACAUACCUCGAACAAAGAGUGCACAUUAUUGGUCCAUCGGGUACACAAUGUUAAGUCGAUUUAUUGCCAUGCCGAUUAUAGGAAUUGUCAUAGUGCUGGCCACAAGACAUUUAUACCUCGAAGAUCCGAUGCUGUUAUUUGUAUUAGUUAUGUUGGCGAGUGGUCCGACAGCGGUUAAUUGUAUGAAUCUGGCUCAAUUCACCGGAACGUUUCAAGAGGAGAUGGCCACCUUAUUGUUUUACUCCUACAUAGCUGCGGCGCCCACGAUCACCUUGCUGGUAGUGGGAUUGUUGAGCAUUAUUGGAAAGAAACCAUUUGAGACUGGUCUCGAGAGGCGCAUUAAAGUUGUCUCUUCACUGGUCGCGAUCUUGGAGAAUGAUUAUUCGAGGGCGAGCCCGCGAAAGAAACAUCCAAGUGGUUGUGCCAUACAUGAAUAUUUGGCGUCAUACAACGAAUUCAAAACGACCCCAUUUUCUCGUACGACGGCCGCAGCAACUCAUCGUGUUGUGAACAGUAUUUCGAUGCCUUCACACAAUAAACCAUCAAGCUCUCUCUUUAACUAUCCAUCUUUCAUAAAGCAUCUAAAUUAUGAUCGCCUAUUCGAUUCCAUAGAUCAUUGGUGCAAGUUGGAGGGGUACAUACCGAACACCAUGGAAAUAUAUGUGAUGCGAGCAUUACUGAGAUUGAUGACCGACAAUGGAGCGACAUUGACGACCUUCAAGGUGCAUCCGAAACAUUCGAAUGACCCCAGGUAUUGUCUGAUGUAUGAACCGGAAAUCUGUGGGCUGUUCAAGGAAGUGAGAUUCCUGGAUCAUGAUGGAUGUUGUUACAAACGUGACACCAUAUUACCCGAACUCGUUAAGAUUUGUAAGAAUGUGAAGCACCUCCGUCUUUGCGGCUGGAGAUCUCCGAAUCUUCGCACUCAAUCUCGACUCUCCGGCGCAGACCUCACUCACUUCAUAUCCAAACAAUCCACGUUAAUCUCUCUAAAUCUAACAGAAUGUCAAGGCUUCACUCCGUACGUCCUCUCCGGUCUCUCAUCUCAAACCGAAUUCCUAAAAUGCUUACAUUUUGAUCGUGUUAACUUUGAGGGGUGCGAUCCUUGGAAUUUUAUUGCCGAGUGCAAAAACCUGGAGGUGUUAAAAAUGGCAUCUUGUUAUAAUAUUGACGCGGAAAUGGUGGAGCCCAUAUUGAAGGCAAAGUUCAGGAAGUUGAGGAAGGUCGAGAUAUUCAAAGUGGAGUGCAAAGAGUUGAUAGAGUGGUCGAACAGGUUUAAUAGAUUGGGAAAUGUGUUACGCGUGAAAAAUUAUUGGUCGUAA